AUGCUGCUCACUGUGUACUGCGUGCGGAGGGACUCUACUGAGAUGACCUUCUCCCUCCAGGUCGACCGGGACUUUGAGCUCCACAACUUCCGCGUGCUCUUGGAGCUGGAGUCUGGCAUCCCUGCUGCGGAGACACACAUUGUGUUUGCAGAGAACUCUCUGGAAGAUAACCACAGAUCUUUGGCGUCCUAUGGCCUGAAAGACGGUGAUGUAGUCAUUUUAAGGCAGAAAUCGAAUGAAGAUAGAGGCUCUCCAGGUCAGUUCACAGGGAUAGACUUCAGCAGUAUAGCAGUGCCCGGCCCAUCAGGGACGCCCAACUCCUCGCACCACCAGCUGCCUCCCCAAUCUUCGGGAACUGUGCAGGUCGCAGAGAGUCCAGCACAACUCAGAGACAUGUUACUUUCCAAUCCUCAUGAAUUGGCUGUGCUCAGGGAACGCAACCCAACUCUGGCAGAAGCCCUUUUCAGUGGGGAUCUUGAGGAAUUUACUAGAGUCUUGAUAGAACAACAGGAAGACCAAGCCCUCAGAGAUGAGGAGAGGUUUCGCCUCUUUGUAGCUGAUCCCUUUGAUCUUGAAGCACAGGCCAAGAUAGAAGAAGCCAUCAGGCAACAGAACAUUGAGGAAAACAUGUCUAUAGCAAUGGAAGAGGCCCCUGAGAGCUUUGGCCAAGUAGUGAUGCUCUAUAUCAACUGCAAAGUGAAUGGACAUCCUGUGAAAGCCUUUGUUGAUACGGGUGCCCAGAUGACUAUUAUGAGCCAAGCUUGUGCAAUACGGUGUAAUAUAUUGAGACUUGUGGACCGAAGGUGGGCAGGGAUUGCUAAAGGUGUAGGGACCCAGAAGAUUAUUGGUAGGGUACAUCUAGCUCAGGUUCAGAUUGAAGGAGAUUUUCUGGCAUGUUCUUUUUCUAUAAUAGAGGAACAGCCCAUGGAUAUGCUACUGGGCUUGGAUAUGCUCAAGAGACAUCAGUGUAAUAUUGACCUCAAGAAAAAUGUACUAGUAAUUGGUACAACAGGCACACAUACAGCAUUUCUUCCAGAGAGGGAACUCCCAGAAUGUGCAAGGUUGGCAUAUGAUCCAGGACAAGAUGAUCUGCGAAUGGAAGAGAAGCUCUACAAAAAGCUUUAG